AUGGUACACAUAGAUUCUUCUCUUCUUCAGCUGUCGUGUCUCUCUGUUUCUCCUCUAAACCAAUGGAAAUCGCUCCGCCACGCCAGAAGCGGCGGAGCUCGUCCACUCCCCAGAUCUAUUACAACUACACCUUUGUAUUAUCUGUCUCUAACUUCUUCUCAUCUCAGUUUUCCAGAUUCGGUUUCCAUCUCUGUGGCAUUCGUCGCAAUCUCACAUCUUCGCCCUCAUCUUCUCCGAUAUGUAACGAAAACAAGAGGGGAGGUUCCAAUAGCUCAGAGUCGAGAUGGACGCGUAAUUGCUAAAGAUAUUAUGAUGUUGAUUCAGAAGCAGGAAAGCAUGGUUGUUGUAGUGAUGCUGAGAGUUUUCGAGUUGAACUGGAAGAUUCGAGAAGAUGAAGAUUUGAAAUAUGUCAAUGCGGUAACGGUUAUACAAAUUGAUGAGUGA